AUGGCCUACAACCGACCCUACGAUCCGGAUGCUCUCCCCAGAAACCAGGCUCAGUGCCCCCUCCCCAGCAGAGAUACGACCAGCGACCCCCGCAGCCACACGCAGCACCACCCGGCAGCCACCUCGCGGCCGCCUCCGUCGCCCUCUAACGACACGACCGGCGCUGACCCGACACUGCUGCCCUUGUUCAGGGCCGUAGACAAGGAUGGCACCGGCCACCUCUCGGAAAAGGAGCUCUCCGCGGCCCUCGUCAACGGCGACUGGACCGCCUUCGACAUCCAGACGGUCCGCAUGAUGAUCCGCAUGUUCGACUCGGACCGCAGCGGCACCAUUGGCUUCCAGGAGUUCUGCGGCCUCUGGUCCUUCCUCGCCUCGUGGCGCACCCUCUUUGACCGCUUCGACGUCGACCGCAGCGGCAACAUCUCCCUGCCCGAGUUCACCGACGCCCUCAUCGCCUUCCGCUACCGCCUCAGCCCCCAGUUCGUCGAGCUGCUCUUCCGCACCUACGACAAGCGCGGCGAGGGCGUCAUGAGCUUUGAUCUCUUUGUCCAGGCGUGCAUCUCGCUGAAGCGCAUGACGGAUGUCUUUAAGCGGUACGAUGACGAUCGGGACGGUUAUAUCACGUUGAGCUUUGAGGACUUCUUGAGCGAGAUUUUGAAGCAGCUCAAGUAA